AUGUCUGAGGUAGUAGAAAUAGAUAGUUUUUAUGGUUUAAUAGAAGAAAUUAAAGACAUGGUAGAAACAUUAAAUAAACUAAAAAGUCGAAUUGAAUUACGAUUACAUGAGAAUUCAUCACGAAAUUGUACACAGCAUGUUUGUUUGAUUCGAGAAUUUCUCGAUAUUCGAAAAUCAGUGAAAACAAUAUGUGAUGCUUUAAUAGAUCAUCGAUUAUCUGAACCUUCUAUUACUGUGAGUUAUAUAUGGUGUUUGAUCGAAUCAUAUUCGACUUCACCAGAGGCCGUUCGUGAAGGUACUCAUUUAUUAGAUCGUUUUUUUAAAUUAAAAAUGCAUUCAAUGAUUAAACCAACUAACUAUUACAAUACAAUAGUUGCUUAUGUAAAAUGGCAAAAUGAAACUGUUCAAUAUUUUGUUAAUGAAUUUAAAAAAAAGCCAAACACUACAAGACUUAAUGAAAUUGAAAAAUUAUGGAAUUGGAAUUAUCGACCAAAUGAAGGAAUAUUUUUUGGUGGAGCUGCACGUCCACUUCAUUUAAAAAAAGUUACAGAAUUUGCAUCAAUAAUGAGUAUUUAUUAUGAUAGAUUAUGGCCACUCUAUAAAGAAAAUCGUAGUACAUUAGUCGAUGCACUUAAUACAUUAUUACAUGAAGAAAGUCGAAUAUAUUGGCCUGAUUAUGAAAUAUUUCCAUGUAACGCAUCAACUACAAUUAUGGAUAAAUGUUUACAAUAUUUCUUUUUUAAAAAUCGUCAUAAUACAUGGUUUAUUAAUAGUAGUGCAUCAGAUUAUAUUCCAUUUGUAAAUUCAGCUCGAGAAAUAUUUGCUGAAAAAUUUAAUGGAUCUGAUAUGAGUUUACCGACCCAACAUAAUACAGAAUGGAUUUUAAAAAAUCUUAAACAACGUUGUUUAAAUAUUUAUAAUCAAAAUAAUAAUAAUAAUGGAAUUGAUCCAAUAAUUAUUAUUCUUUUAACAUCAAAAAAUCGAUAUGGUGAACGUAUUGAUGUUGAUUCUAUUCAUCUAGAACUUAGUCAACAUUUUUCAACUAUUGUCACAAUUGUUGAUGGAUGUCAAGACGGUCAAGCUUUUACUAAUGUUGAUAUUGUCAUUUAUAGUAAACGAUUUAUGCAAACAGGAGCAAUUGGAUUAGUAAAUCGAACAUUCUUAGAAAAAAAUCCAUCAUUACAUAAAAAAUUAUCACUUUGUACAAAUUUUCCUAUUGGAAUAUUAGCUCAAAUAUAUAUUAAUAUCAAUAUGAUGAAUAAUAAUAUUGCACAUGGUGUAGAAGAUCUUGUUAAUUCUUCUUGGUGGCAUUUUUCAGAAUGUCCAAUUCGACAUGAAUUACAUUCUGUUAUAGAUGAUUCAUAUAUACAGCAAGAUCGUAUUGAAUAUAUAAGAAGUCCUAUUCGAUAUUCAUUUACAAAAGAUCUUACUGGAACAAUUCUUAUGUUGACUACAAAUAAUAAUGCGCAUGUUAUAUUACCAAAAUUAUGGGCAUUACUUAAAAAACAAGGUCAUUCGGUAGAUUGUUUUGUCAUGGAUAAUCCAUAUUUGAAAAGUAAUAAUGGAAUACGAAGUGAUAAAGUACGAGAAUUGAUUUCAGAAAAAUUCAUUAGUGAAUUAAGACGACUUGAAACACUUUCAAGUGAUUAUUUAGCAUGGCCAUUAGUACCUUACUGGGUAUCAGAAUCGAAUGAUACAUCUGUCGAACAACUUAAUCAACAUUUUGAAAUAUGUCGUGAUUAUCAUUGUUAUUUACGUAUUUCACUUGGUCGUUGUAGUUAUCCAGGAAAAUUAAAACGUUUCAUCGAACAUAUUGAUAAUAUUUUCGAAAAAAAUGAACUGGAUGUAUCAGAUGAUGUUAUUGGUACACAUUCAUCACAAUGGCCAACAUAA